AUGGGGGCCCCUCAGACCUGGCUGGAGGGCAGGUGGAACCGCUUGGAAAUCCCGGAUGCCAGCCCCAGGGGUUGGGCCUUCAUCUCACCGGGUAGGGAUGGAAGUGGGCUGCCGGAGGAGGAGGUGCAAGAACCGGCCGAGGAGGGCAGAGGCGUGGCCAGAAGCCAGGCAGUCCUGAGCACCAGCAAGCCAGACACAGGGCGGCCGGGACACCAGGAGCACCAUCGCGGGGGACCACUGGGGGGCGCCGCGCGGACGGGGCCGGGAACGCCCGCGCCCACCACACCGCAGAAGCUGCCGCUGGCUGCCAAUGGGGGGCGCCGUCGUGGGGCGAGCCCCGGGAGCGGCGUCGCGAGAGGAGCGCCGCGGCUUAUUCGCUGCUUCUCGGGGAUGGAUCUCUGGUGUGGGGUGCCGGCCGGCAGGCGCAGCCCCCCGCGCCCCCGGACGUCCGCCCUUGCCCACGCCGGGCUCCUGCUGAUGCUACUGCUGUUACUGCUGCUGCGGCCCGCGGGUUGCUUGGGCGCUGGCGAAAUGCAGGGGGCACUGUCCACGGGUGCCCCCGCCGACCUUGGCGCCCCCUGUGCCCCCAGUGCCACCUGUCCCUCGGGCGGACGUCGCUUCCCCCGGCAGGCCGCCACUAGCCAGCCGCCCAGGACCCUGCAGUACUCUGCUUCUAAAGCCGACGAGGAUGAGUUCCUUCCCUCCUGUGGCUUCUCCUAUGAGUGGGACCCCACCCUCAGGGAUCCGGAGGCCAUGGCUCGGUGGUGGCCAUGGAUGGUCAGUGUGCGGACCAAUGGCACACAUAUCUGUGCAGGCACCCUCAUUGCUUCCGAGUGGGUGCUGACCGUGGCCCACCGCAUGAUCCAGAGUGAUGUUACCUAUUCAGUGCAGGUGGGGAGUCCAUGGGUUGACCAGAUAUCCAAGUCUACUGUCGACGUCCUGGCACAGUAGGUCAUCGCGAACAGCCAUUAUCGGUCCCAUCGGUACUGGUCCUGGGUCGGCCGGGCCAAUGACAUUGCCCUCCUUAAGCUUGAGCGGCCACUCAAGUACAACAAGUAUGUCUGGCCCAUCUGCCUGCCUGGCUUGGACUAUACGCUAAAGGACCAUGCCCUCUGCACUGUGACAGGCUGGGGACUCCCCAGGGUUGAUGAUGUGUGGCCCCAGUUCAGGACCAUCCAGGAGAAGGAAGUCACUAUCCUGAACAGCACGGAGUGUGAAAGCGUCUACCACAGGUUCUCCAAAAUCCCCUCUCUGAUUCAGAUCAUCAACUCCCAGAUGAUUUAUGCAAAGGAUCAACAGGAACAGUUUUGCUAUGAGAUAAGUGGUGAGCCCUUGACCUGUCCUGUGGAGAGCAUAUGGUACCUGGUGGGAAUGGUGAGCUGGGGCCCAGGCUGCAAGAAGAGCAAGGCCCUGCCCAUCUACCUACACAUCUCCUCGUACCAGCAGUGGAAACGCCUCAACGGGCAGACUCUGCCAGCCCCAUCCAGGGCCCUGCUCCUGGCACUCCUGCUGCCCCUCAACCUCCUUGCUGUCCUCUGA